CACAUGGUGCUUUUACAUGGGUUAGCGAAGUGGGUAAUUACAUUGAGUGAAGAAAUUGAGUGAGAAAUCGGAAGAUUGUAUGUGAUUUUUACCACUAAACGUUGUCCACGCAAAAAUCAAAAUGGGAAAGAAGAAAUCUGGAGGUGGUGGCACGGGACUGGGAAGAGCUUUAAUAAAGGAGAGGCUUAUGGCAGGUCGUGGCAACAGACGUGCAGAUUCUUGGCUCCACACGAGUGAGCUGAACGACGGGUACGACUGGGGUCGCCUGAACUUGCAGUCCGUCACAGAACAGAGCUCCCUGGACGACUUUCUGGCCACCGCAGAACUCGCAGGGACGGAGUUUAUAGCCGAAAAGCUCAACAUCAAGUUCGUGCCUGCGGAAUCCAGAUCGGGUCUGCUGACGUCGGAAGAGACCAAAAGGCUUAAGAAGCUCCACGAGGAGAAUAAACAGUUACUACGCAUACCGCGCAGACCGGAAUGGGACCAGAGCACGAGCCCAGAAGCUCUUCAGCAGGCGGAGAGAGACAGCUUCCUGGAGUGGAGACGGGAACUGGCGACGCUGGAAGAAGAUCAGAAUUUGAUUCUCACCCCCUACGAACGAAAUCUAGACUUCUGGAGACAGCUCUGGAGAGUCAUAGAGAGGAGUGAUCUUGUAGUGCAGAUCGUGGACGCCAGACACCCCUCCCUGUUCCGAUGUCCGGACCUCGAGCGCUAUGUGAAGGAGGCGUCUGAGCACAAGGAGAACAUGGUGCUGGUGAACAAGGCCGACCUGCUGACGCGGGAGCAGCGGCGGGUCUGGGCGCGGCACUUUGAGAGGGAGGGCAUCCGGGCCGUCUUCUGGUCCGCCCUGGCGGAGAACGCGCGGCUGGAGGCCGAGGAGAAGGGAGAGGCCUAUGGCGAGGAAGAGGAGGAGCUGAGUGACGAAGAGGAGGUGGCGAGGGAGGACGAGGAGGAGGAGGGAGGAGACGUGGAUGAAGAGGAGAGGAGGGACACGUUUGAGGAUUGUGUGGAGGAAGGCGACUGGCAGACGUGCUCAGAGGGAUCAGAGGAAGAGGGGGAGGGGGAGGAGGAGGAAGAGGAGGGAAAGGAGGAGACCGGCUCCCCUGGCACUGCCUCCUUCCACAACUCCAGCCGCCUCCUGAGCAAAGAUGAGUUGCUGGCUCUGUUCAAGACUGUCCACUCAGGCACCAAGCUGAAGGAAGGCCAGAUUACAGUUGGACUGGUUGGGUAUCCCAACGUUGGGAAAAGUUCCACGAUUAACACGCUUCUCAGGAAUAAGAAGGUGUCAGUGUCGGCCACGCCUGGACACACUAAGCACUUUCAGACGCUGUUCGUGGAGCCGGGCCUGUGUCUGUGUGACUGCCCCGGCCUCGUCAUGCCCUCCUUCGUGUCCACCAAGGCCGACAUGAUCUGCAGCGGGAUCCUCCCCAUCGACCAGAUGAGAGACCACGUUCCCGCCAUCUCUUUAGUGUGUCAGAAUGUUCCCCGGGCCGUGCUGGAGGGCACCUACGGCAUCAGCAUCAUUCGCCCGCGCGAGGACGAAGACCCCGAGCGCCCGCCCACCGCCGAGGAACUGCUCAUGGCCUAUGGAUACAUGCGCGGCUUCAUGACCACGCACGGUCAGCCCGACCAAUCCCGCUCCGCGCGCUACGUGCUGAAGGACUACGUCUGCGGAAAGCUGCUGUACUGCCACCCUCCCCCCCACAUCGCCCCCGAAGACUUCCAGCCGCAGCACGGCAAGUUUGACCCUCGGCGCGUUGCCGAGCAACAGGACCCCACCCAGGAAGUGAAAAGGCCGCGUAAAAUCAAGAGGAUCGAGAACACCGUGGACAAAGACUUCUUCCACCGGGAGAACGUGAGGGCUCUGACCAAGGGUGUGCAGUGCGUUAUGGGAUACAAGCCUGGGAGCGGUCCGGCAGUCCCAGGAACGCCGGGCUCGGAACAAGCCGCCGGGAAGCCCUGGAAGAAGCACGGAAACAGGAACAAGAAGGAGAAAGUGCGCAGGCUCACUAAACACCUGGACGCCUGAACACACACCUGUGAAACACCCGGACACCUGACCUCACACCUGAACGCCUGGCAGCACACCUGUGAAACACCUGGACGCCUGGCGGCCCUCUUCUGAAGCACCUGGACUCCCGACCGCAUAUGUAUCAAACACCUGUUAACCUGACCGUACACAUGUAUAAUACCUGGAUGACACACCUGUGAUUAGCAACGGCUCACAUAUAUUGGACCGCCAUUAUUGGUGUCUGUAAUCUGACUGUCCAGGAAGCAGUCAUCUGGUCUAUCCUUGGGCUCAGAGGGUUUAACCGUUGAGACAAAAAUCAUAAAUCAUAAAAAUGUUUAAAAAGCAUAAAUAUAGAAAAUAAUUGUAGAAAUGUUUGUUGAAUUCCAGGACCUCAGUGGAUUGAAGAAAUCUACAGGCCUUGUUGAGAAAAUUAUUUUGCAACCUGUGAUACUAUUUGGAGUGGAACGAUCCACAUUUAGGAGGUGUAGUUUAAAAAAAUGUAAAGGCUUCAUAGCAAAGAGUAUAAAUUCCACUUCCUAUUCCGUUGAAUAGGAAAUUUACCUUCUUCAAAUGAACACGAUGAGCAAAUACAACAGAUGUCUUGGCAAGCUACAACUCUAUGAAUUUCUGGCAAGUGCUGAGUUUUAGAUGUGUACUUGCCAUAAGAUUGUCUGUAAAGUAAUUGUCUGGAAUAUUGUCUGUAAAAUAACUUUAGUCCGGUUUCAGUCCCUCCCUCCCAAGUACUGUGGUCCGUUGUGGAGGUUCCUCAGUCAGUGAUUGGCUCAGGUUCCAGGUCCAGGGACUGUCUGUUGCAUCACAAGAGGAAAUGAGUGAAUAAGAGUGCGGCCAGAUCUCUGGAAGGGUAGAGUCGCACGGUGAUGAUGUCACAGAGGAUAUAGUGGAAGUAAACCCAGACCGUACCUAGUAGAAUGAAUCUACCUUCAGCAAUGUGAUCGCUCAGUCCAUUUUGAAAUGGCAGAAAAUGUCACCACAAGCUUACAGUACAUGACAGUCUUAUAAAGUUACAGGAAUUUGAAUUCAAAGAUUUUUCAGAGUGAAAUUGCUUAGAUGACAAAUUGUUUUCUUUGUAACUAAAACAAUGUAUUGGAAUUAUUUUAAGACCUCUGUUCCAUUUUGAUGAAAUGCUAAUACUGUAGAGCACAGUAUAUAUUUUUCUAGACAGGCUUAAUCAUUAGUCUUUGACUUUGCUAUACAAGUACUAAUCUUGGAAUGGAAGCAGUAUUGGAGUAGUACUGAAGAAAUCCUCGGUCACAGUUUGUGGUUUAUUAUGAAUUUCAUAAGAGAUGUGUCUCUGAACGUCAGUGUGUGAUUACAACAAAAACAUGUUGUUUGAUCUUAAUGAAUUGUUAAUUAAAUUACCUUGAAUAUGAA